AUGGCGACAGAAUGGAGCGGGCAGCAGGGUUAUAUUCUCACUCUCAUUAUAUUCCUGUGGAGCGCAGUCGGUGGCCGCACGGAGACGGCGGCUGCAGCGUCCGGUGUCAGCGGCAGCCAAGUGCUCGGCAUGCGGCUGGAGAGGAGCGACAAGCCGUCCAGCACCAAUGACGACGGUGUCAUCCAGGUGACUGAGGAGAGCUCCGUGCAGCUCCGGUUUUACGGGGUGCAGCUCCACUCGGGCGCCUGGACGCAGAUCCGCUUCACGGACCUCACGGAUGUCGCAAGCGGUGGCGCGGAUGAAGGUGAGGAGGAGGAGGAUGAAGCGGUAAAGGCGGCGGCGAGAGGAGGAGGCAGCGGCAUGAUGGAGCCGCCGGACAGGACUUGUGUAGAUUUCACGAAGGACAUAAGCGUCGAGACCUUCUUGAACGUCAGCAGUCGAGGCUCGUCGGGGCUGCUUACCGUUCACAUUAAGCCGCUCCGCAAGACCGAGCCGCAGAAGGAGUACGGCGUGUGCAUCCGGAGCCGCGUGGAGGCGAGCAGGUGGGUGCUGCUGGGGGACACUGAUGGCAAGCUGCUGGUGGUGGAGGAGAAGAGGUCCCUGCUGCCCUUAUGGCUGCAGUGCAUCCUCAUCUCCUUCCUGCUGGUGCUCUCUGGGAUGUUCAGCGGCUUGAACCUGGGGCUGAUGGCUCUGGACCCCAUGGAGCUGCGCAUCGUCCAGAGCUGUGGCACCGAGAAGGAGAAGAAAUACGCAAGAAAAAUAGAACCAAUCCGUAGCAAAGGGAACUAUCUUCUCUGCUCUCUGCUCCUGGGCAACGUCUUGGUGAACACCACCCUCACCAUCCUCCUCGAUGACCUGAUCGGAUCAGGUUUGGGCGCUGUGGUGGCCUCCACGGUUGGGAUUGUCAUCUUUGGUGAGAUCGUCCCCCAGGCGCUGUGCUCCCGCCACGGGCUGGCUGUAGGAGCCAACACCAUCAUGGUGACCAAGUUCUUCAUGCUGCUCACCUUCCCUGUGUCCUUCCCAGUCAGCAAGCUGCUGGACGUCCUGCUGGGUCAGGAGAUCGGCACCGUGUACAACCGGGAGAAGCUGGUGGGGAUGCUGAGGGUGACGGAGCCCUACAACGACCUGGUGAAGGAGGAGCUCAACAUGAUCCAGGGUGCUCUGGAGCUCAGGAACAAAACUGUAGAGGAUGUCAUGACGCCCAUAGGAGACUGCUUCAUGAUCCAGGCGGAUGCUGUGCUGGAUUUCAACACCAUGUCUGAGAUCAUGGAGAGCGGGUACACUCGUAUCCCUGUGUAUGACGACGAGAAGAGCAACAUCAUGGACAUCCUGUACGUGAAGGACCUGGCGUUCGUGGACCCCGAUGACUGCACCACCCUGAAGACCAUCACCAAGUUCUACAACCACCCUGUGCACUUUGUGUUUCAUGACACGAAGCUGGACGCCAUGCUGGAGGAGUUCAAGAAAGGUAAAUCCCACCUGGCCAUUGUCCAGAAAGUGAACAACGAGGGAGAGGGAGAUCCGUUCUACGAGGUGCUGGGAUUGGUCACGCUGGAGGACGUCAUCGAAGAGAUCAUCAAGUCAGAGAUCCUGGAUGAGUCUGACCUUUACACUGACAACAGAAACAGGAAAAAGGUGGACCCCAAUAAAAACAAGCCCGACUUCUCGGCCUUCAAGCAGGAGGGCGACAGCAAAGUGAAGAUCUCUCCUCAGCUCAUGCUGGCGGCUCAUCGUUUCCUGGCUACAGAGGUCAGCCUGUUCAGCCCGUUCCAGAUCAAAGAGAAAGUGUUACUGAGGAUCCUCAGCCACCCCGACGUCAUCCUGGAACUCAAGUUCAACGAAAACGACAAACGCUCAACGCAGCACUUCCUUUACCAGAGAGGGAAACCUGUGGACUUCUUCAUCCUCAUUCUGCAGGGGCGAGUGGAGGUGGAAGCCGGACACGAAAACAUGAAGUUUGAAACCGGCCCGUUCUCUUACUACGGAGUCAUGGCUCUGAGCUCAGUGUCACUUGCCGUCACCCCUCCUCUCUCCCCAUCAGUGGCGUCUCCCCCUCCACGACGCCUUUCAGUAAAGAGGUUUUCUCUGUUCUCUCGUUUCCCAGAGUUCCGUUCUCCGUCACACAGCGGGAACCUGAACCGCUCGGCGUCUCUGAGCUGCACUGAGCGCGCUCCAGAUAACGGCUCGGUCGGGGGGAGCGUCACUCAGAUCCCGGGGACCCCCUUCCAGUACACACCAGACUUUAGUGUACGUGCUCUCACACACCUGCAGUUUGUUAAGGUCACUCGGGCUCAGUACCAGAACGGCCUCCUAGCGUCCAAGCUGGACAGCAUGCCUCAGUCCCCGGAGGGCAGCCACACCCGCCUGGACACGUCUGUGUCUCUGCCCCCCAUCACCCCCCCGGGGAGCCGCUCUCCGCUGCCGCUGGCCACGCCUCCUGCAAAGCACACGCCGUCUAACAUCCAGCCGGGCGCCCGAGCCGCUCUGCCCCAGCACCCCCCCUCCUCCUCCCGCCGCAGACCCAGCCAGUCUCUGCCCCAAGUCACCCCCCCUCCGAGCAACCACAUCCCGCUCUCCCUGCCCCCUCCGUCCUCCAUGAGUUUAGCGCCGUGCACCAUCACCCCCCACUCCACUUUGCCCUCCUCCAAGUCCCAGCCGUCGCCCCCCCCUGGUAGCCCGGACAACGGGCCGGGGGAGACCACCACUCUGCUCAGUGAGCAGCAGAACUGUGAACGUGCCCAGGCAAACCCUCACGUCCACACCAUCAGUCACACACACACUGAAAGCACCAUCUAACUAAAGUAGGAACUACACUACCUGCGCACUCACUCAAACAACACACUCUCGCACUACUUCCUGUUUCCUGUUUGCUCGUUGUCUCCUGAACUUUUCUGUAGAGUUCUUGGGUAUGCUGAGGAUCAGCACUUUACGUGUAUUUUAUAAACGGAGAUCCUCUUUUAUCCCUUCCUGCAUGGUCCCCUCCCGACACUAAAAAAAAGAUGCAGUAUAGACACAAAGAAGGCAGAGGGAACACUAGUGAUUACGAUUGGAAAUGAAGAAUGGGUCUUGUGUUUUUAAAGGGUCAGUUCACCAGGAUUACAAAAAGGCUUGCAAAUGUUUUUAGUUUUAUUUUUUGUCCAGGUUUUGAGAUUUCUGCCUCCACUUUUUUAGUGAAAAAUUAACUCCGAAGCAACGUGCCUCUACAAAACCAAUUGUUCCAGUGUCUGUGGAUCAUCUACUGACCUCACUGUGAACCGUUUUCACAGGAGAUGCAUUACAGUGAGGAAAUCAUCUGUAUGACCACACUGGGGUCUGUAGACAUCACUUCUGAAAAGCCACGUUGCUGUUCAAAUAAAUUAAAAUGCAUUUUUGCUUAUAAACUACAAAAAUAUAUCCAUGUUACUUGUAUAGACCCGUAUACUUAUCUGCCUAUCAGAAAAAAUGAAAUUGCUAACCUCUUAUCCUGCUUUCAUGUCAUGUCAGAGUAACAUGUCUGACUUGUAUCUUCAAGUCAACUGCCAAGUUGAAAUAAUGACUUGUAAAGUCAGAUUUUGAGCCUGAAACCAAACAAACAUGGAUGCCUAACAUCAGCCAAAGACCAUUGUUCAAUGUUUUAAACCAAAAUGUAGCAGAUGUGUUUUCACAAAAGGUUUUAUCCUGUAGAAUAAUGAUCACGCAUUAAAGUCCUUUGUAUUGAAGCGAAGAUAUCUCAAAACCUCUUCACAUGAAACUAAAACUUUUUAGGGUUUUUUGUAAUUAAUGUGAACUGAACCUCAACAUCAUCACUGGUAAGACAUCAACAAAAAACUCACAUUAUAGGUUGGUGUUACCAGAUCAGGGCUGGGGUCAGUAUAGUUGGUUGACUCUCAAUUUCCUUUUUUUUCCAAAGAGUAAAACUUUUGGUUUAAGUUUAUGGUUUUAUUUACGAUAAGUAUGACUUUAGUUUUGAUUUUGUUCCAUGGGGUGACUUUUAUUAAGAUGGAUGAGAACCAAUACAUUAGUUUGUCUGCUGCUUCUGUCUGUCAGUUCAGCACCAACAGACCAGAGUCACUGUACUGAGUGGAAGCCAUACCAGUGAUUUUGCAUGUUUUCACCCAUUAAUACAAACUGUGAAUACUCUGCAUUAGAAUAAUACACUGUUCAAUUAAUACAGUGUUUAAAAAAGCAAAAUAUGAAUUGGCAAAUGUAAUGUUUUAUUACUUUUGUUAUAGUUUAUGAAUGCUAAUGUAUUUUUAUACACUACAAAACAUUUAUUGAAACCAAUGGCAGUCUGAACACCCCAGAGUCAACAAGAGAGUACAAAGGAUGUUAUGCAUGCAAUAUAAAAUAGUAAUAUAAUAUAAAUUAGACAUGGAAAUACUUCUAGAACUUGCAAAAACAUCGGUAUGGUCCUUAAAGUCACUAAAUCUGGUGAUGUGAGGUGGAUGUUUAUGGCCUCUUGACCAAGGCAAUAUGUUUAAAAUUAUUUAAUUUCCAAGAGUGAUAUUUAUUUAUGUAAAGUAUAUUUAUAUAUACAUAUAUAUAUUGACAUUUAAUUUGUUUUAUAUUUUAGAGAUUCUAUUUAUUUUUUAGCUUUCUUUGGUUCUUGAAAGCAGUUGAAGUUGAAGGACAAGCUGCAUUCUUCAGACACUGUUUCUUGUGAAUGGAUUCCUCACUGUGAUGGAGCUCGGAGUGAAACCAGCUGCUUCUCAAAUCACCAUGACACCAAGCGCUGACCAAACUGGAUCUUUAGAGGUUGUAACACUGUGCGUUCACUGACAUUUGGAUGGAAGUUACACUGGAAUGUUUCAUUUGUUAUUGUAUGUGUAAGCAUGCACAUGUUGGAUAACUCUGACAGAGUGACAUGAAGACCAAAUAAGAGCAAAGAGAAAUGUAAUGCUAUCUGUUUUCAGAAGCAAGUAUGUGCUGUUCAAGUUUAAUGAGGAUAUGUCUCCAUGUUUUUUGAGUCUGAUAAGAUACUCGGGAAGAUUAUGGUUGUAAGCAGAGCCGCAGCCAGGAUUUUAGCAAUACUGAAUACCCCCCAAAAAAAGAACGUAUUUCCAUCUUUAAAGCAUGAAUCGGCAGUUUAAUUAUGUUUUCUGCUAUAGUCCUAUAUAAUGGAGAGGCCUGAGAGGUUUUAGGUGAGGGGAUUGAUUCCUUCAUAUAUGAGAGGAAUCAACCUUUUCGUCUUACUCUUUGCAAGAAAACCAACAAAGCAAACUAAAUUCUUUGGGUUAAUGUAUUCCUUCUUCUUCCCAACAUUGCUAGUACCCAAAAGAUGAAUAGAAAGAAAAUGCAGAAGUCAUGACCUUGGUGUCCUGAACAGUAGCCCCGGCCCUGAUUCAGUCACAACUUGCAAACUGUUUUACGUUUAUGGUUUUACAUUUUAAGAAAUACCCUUUUUAGCUUCCUUACCAACAGUUGGAUGAGAAAAACAAUACCACUCUUUACAUCAAAUAUGAAGCUACUUUCCGGACACAGUUAGCUUGGCAUGGCAUAAACAUUCUGCCCCACUACACACAAGCUUUCUCAUUUAAUGGACAGAUAUGAGAGUGGAAUUGAUGUGCUCAUCUAACUCUCAGCAAGAAAAUAAGUGACUUGUGUUUCACACGUGUGUUUGUUAACCUUUGAGCUUGCCGUUAGCCCUGAGUUAAGGAUUGACACUUGAAUAUUGAAAACACUCACAGCACAAUAACUCGAUGAGAUUUAAUGGACAACAAACAUUCCACUGCAUGUCUUCACACUACUGAUGUUAACCCUGUCAGGACUAAAUGUGGUGUGAUAAACUCUCAUGUUGCUUUCUGUUACCAGGCAAAUUUACGUCUGUUUGCCACUUGAAACAAUGUACAGUGAGGUACAUUGUACUGUGUGUGUAAAUGAUACUGAACCUAUUCAACCCGUGUUUGCAGCAGACAAGGAGUUGGAGGAAGUUGGGUUGUGUUCCGGUGGAGAUAAAGAGAUUAACAUGAAGACGACUGUAGCAGCUCACUCCUCACAGACUGAGCUCAGAUGUUAAAGCUGCUAGCAUGUAAUCUACCUAUUUUUUUCCUAUGUAUGCAGUGACACUGAAAAGAUUUAAAGUAACUGGAGAUAAAUUAUUUUGUUGAUAUAGUGAUUUAUUAGAAAAUAUAAAACAAUGAACAACUAUUGUAUAAGCAAGCACUGAUUUGAAAAACACUUUAAACAUGUCCGUUUUACACAUGAGUCUGAAAAAAGUGAUAAUCCAAAGCAUUUCUUCCUUUGUGGGAAGAUUUUCCAAAUUUGGAUUUACAAGUUACGCUGGGGUCGCCCAAAAUAUUCCCAUAUUCACUGUGGUAUUUUGAUUUAUUUUUUAAAUGAAUGGGUAAAUGCAACUCUGAAGCCCUAAAUCAAGUUUAUUUUCUCACCUUGAGGUCUUAAAGAUGUAAAAAAUCUACUUUUAAGACCUCAUUAUUUCAGUUAUGUGCUCGCAUGUUGAUACAUUUAAUUGUGCUUUACCAAAUGACCAUACAGCAAACCUGUGUUCAAGCAAUGCACAGAGAGUGGGGGAAGGAAUGGGGUCCCAGCAGCUCAUUUUUACCCCAGGGGCCCCCUAUCAGGUGGCUCCGGCCCUGAAGAAAAUCGGCACUCUGAAAACCUUAGAUUUAAUUCAGCAGGACCUUAUAGAGUACUUACCUGAGGGGUAAACCUGCUAGUUAAAUUAAAAUAUAUAGUGGACUUAGCCUUAUUGGAUGAAAAUGUAGACCUGCCUGCUGGUUCAUAUAGGUCUCAUGUAGCAAUUGGUCUUAUACUGGUUUCCAGUAAAGCCACUGGUUGGCUGUGUGACUGCCAGUUUGUGUACUGGGAAAUGUGCAAACAAUGGUUCUACUUAUUCAUGUUGUAUUUAUUGUAAACAUUGUAUUUAUUGGUUUUUUUUGUUUUGUUAUAGGCACCUGAGGGUGUGGUUCUGUUAAACGGGCUUCCAGCUGUGAGAAGCAGCAUUUAUUGGGUUAAUUUACCCAGAAACACUGUGUUCAGUUCCCUGAUUGCUGUUUGUGUGAUAUGACUGUAAAUACUCUGUACAUGAAGAGAGCGGCAUUUGUGUGAUGCUGAAAGAAAUGUUUAAAAUAGCUCUAUUUAUAAUGAGAGAUGAGAUGUUAUUUCAAGUUUUAUUCCCCAUUGUUUUGCUAGGAAGGCAUUAAAUAGCAAUAAACAUUGCACAGAGUUGACCUCAAAUAUUAA